CAGAGCUUCUGCUCUUCGACGUCAGAUGGCUUCAGUCACUGCACGUCCUGUUAAGUACUGUCAAGUGGUGUGUUGUUUGCAAAGGCUGCUCAGAUCUCUGCUCACUUCCAGGCUCAGCUGCAGCAAAGUGCUGGAAUCCUGACUGAAGUAUCAAGACUUUCUCCAAGAAGUUCCUUCCACAGCAGUGCCAUGCGUGUGUGCUGUAGUCACCUGGUCUUGGCUGCCAUCUUGUGGGCGAUGCUGUGCACCAGAGCGGCUGUGGCUGGGACCAACACCACAGAGCUCUUUCCCCUCACUGUGGCUGAGUUUGGGAUUGAACUGAACUGGAGGAACAGAAGCAGCAGUGAUGUUCCUCACAGCCGGAGGAAGCGCUACAUUUCCUCCAGGGAUAUGAUGGCUUUACUGGACUACCACAACCGUGUGCGGUCUCAGGUCUUCCCACCUGCUGCAAACAUGGAGUACAUGGUGUGGAACGAGAAGCUUGCAAAGUCAGCUGAAUCGUGGGCCUCAAAGUGCAUAUGGGAUCAUGGGCCACCGCAUGUCAUGAAGCACACGGGCCAGAACCUGUCCAUCACCACAGGAAGGUAUAGAUCAGUCCUUGAGCUGGUGAAAUCAUGGCAUGAUGAGAAGUAUUCCUUCUCCUACCCCAACAGAUGCAAAGGCUCUGUCUGCACUCACUACACACAGAUGGUGUGGGCCAGCACCAAUAGGAUUGGGUGUGCCAUCAACAGGUGUUCAAACAUGUAUGUGUUUGGUUCUACAUGGAAACAGGCUACUUUACUGGUCUGCAACUACUCCAUCAAAGGUAACUGGGUGGGAGAAGCUCCAUACAAGACAGGAAAGCCAUGCUCAGCUUGUCCUUCUAUUUAUGGCGGAUCCUGUAACAAGAAUCAGUGCUUCACAUCAAGACACAGAAAAAAGCUCAAGCGGUUUUAGUCACACAGAUUGAAAUGAAUGAAUUGUGACUGACACAAGAACUUUUUGUGGAAGCACAUUUUUGUGUUGCACCACUAUUGAUUUCUUUUGUAAAAUAUUACAUUUUCACACGUUUUAUACCGCAGUCGAAUUAACACCUAACAAUCGUCACACACAAAAACCCUCAGAUUAAUUGUUGUAGUCGUCCCAAGAGUCAGUCCUGUGACUGCUGUGUUGUUGUCUCUUGUCCUUUCCCUGGACUGUUUGCACUGUUUUGUAUGUUUGCAUUACUGUAAGAGUGGCAUUGCCGUUAGGUUCGUGUUGAGAGUUAAGCACUUUUAUGGUUUGUGUACACCCAAUAAAUUUUCUAACCUUACAAAGGAGUUGAAUUGUGUUUCACUAUAUCCAAGUGACUAUCUUCUCCAAAUGUGUACCAGACUCAUCGAAUGAACAUGGUUGUGUUGUUGAGAGUCCUUUCUUAAUAUGUGCUGGGUUUAGUUCCAAAAAAUAUAGAAUUGCUUAAUAAUUGCACUGAUUAAAAAAGAAAUGCCUCUUCCUAUGUUUGGUCCUGAAUCCUGAUUAAAACCUCAAGCUAUGAAAUAGAUAUAAAAAUAAAAUUCAAAAUAGAAAUUAUAUAACUGAAAAUUUUAACACUUUAAAGUUGAAAAUUUACACGAUUGAAAUAAAAAAAA